CCAUGAUGACUGGACUUGUCCACUUUCUUUACUAUUUUUUUUAAAAAUUAAACAAAACAAAGAAGGGAAGGGGAGACAUGAGGACAAACCACAAACUUUCCCUUUCCCAUCUCCAUCGAAUUUCCUCCUCCUUCGAAACCCCACCCGUUCCCCAGCUCCUCUAAAACCAAAUCCGACCCAAAUGGAGUACAUGGCCGUCGAUGCUUCUCUUCGCCGGCACGAUCCUUGACCUUCCUUCCUUAUACCCUUGUUUUCCUUUCAUCAUCCCCUCCACACCCAGCCCGAUCGAGACACCUCUCGAUGGGUCUAUGUGUAGAACUCGAAUCCGCUGAAGUUACAUUUCCACUUCUUCCCCCCUUUUAGCAGAUGACAUGGUUGCUUUCUCUUUUGUUGGGUAUGGUCGGAAGUGGGUUGGCGACGAAGAGGCUUCGCCGUGAUAAAUGGAAUGUGACGAGGGAAGGCGACGAAGAGGGUUGGUGACGAAGAUGGAAGGAGUCGAGGGCGGUGUCUCUUGUAAAGGAUAGCGGCGACGGUUGCGUGCUUAAAUCCGAUUUAGGUCGGAUUUUGUUUCAGAGGACGUCGGGGGACGUGAAUAUGUGGGGUUUCGCAGGAGGAGGAAAGUUGAUGGAAAAGGGAAAGUCUGUGAGUAUGGUACCGGACAUGAUUGCUAGUGCAGAGAUGAUGCUAGAGAGAUGGAUGAUGAACGACGGGAAAGAGAUCGAAGUUCAUGAAGAAUUCAGGAUUCUGUCGUCGGAAGUGAUUUCCAGGACAGCUUUUGGGAGUAGCUACAAGGAAGGACAACAUAUAUUUGGCAUGCUCAACGAAUUGAUGAUCAUUUCCGAUAGAAAUACAUUCAAAAUGAGUCUUCCAAUAAUAAGUGAUCUAUUCAAAACCAAAGACGAGAAGGAUGCUGUCAGCCUGGACCAAAGAAUUGCAGAUUCAAUUAAGGAAAUGGUGAAAAGUAGAGAAGCAAAGGUAAAAAACAGAGAGGCCGCUGGCUUUGGGAAAGAUUAUCUGGGACUACUUCUCAAGGCUUAUCAUGAUGAAGGCCAAUCCAAUAAGAUUUCUAUAGAGCAAUUGGUCGACGAAUGCAAAACCCUUUAUGUCGCUGGACAGGAAACAACAAACACUUUGCUCUCUUGGAUGAUUCUGCUUUUAUCAAUCCACCAAGAUUGGCAAGAAGAGGCAAGAAAGGAGGUUCUAACAGUAUUUGGUCAUGAUAAACCCCCUUAUGCCGAUGGGAUUACACGGCUAAAACUGAUGGGUAUGAUCAUGAAUGAAACUUUAAGGUUGUACUCCCCAGCAUACUCAGGAUUCAUGCGUGAUGUCGAUAAGGAAAUCAGACUUGGGAAGUUUGAUUUGCCUGCGAGUGUCCAGUUUCACAUUCCAAUCAUGACGAUUCACCACGACCCUGACAUUUGGGGAGAAGAUGUUAAUCUUUUCAAGCCAGAAAGGUUCGCAGAAGGAGUUUCUAAAGCGACAAACAAUAACCCAAUUGCAUUCAUGCCCUUCGGGAUGGGACCCCACAUCUGUGCAGGCUUCAACUUUGCCACCAAUGAGGCCAAGAUAACCAUUGCUAUGAUCCUUCAACGCUUCACUUUCAGGCUCUCCCCGGGCUAUGUCCAUUCUCCUUUUCCUGUUUUGGCAGUUAGGCCAGAGAAGGGGGUUCAAGUUAUCAUCAAUGCACUGUAAGCAAAAAAUAGAUACAAUUACUAAUAAUGUGUGUUGGAGUUUCUAGUAAAAGAACAA